CUUAUUUAUUUGUCACUUUUAAUAUAGACAUUAUAUUUGCUGAAAUUUCAGAUGUUUAUUUCACAAUAGACUGUUUUUUAUAGCAAAUUUGUCAAAAUUGACACAGGUCGUGACAGGAAAAGGCAAAAACCAACGGUUUUUAUGCACAGGGCCGACAGGGCCUACACAUUUUAUGCCAUAAAUUCAUAAUGACAUUGCAGACAUGGUAUGGUGAAUAGUGAUUGCAGCUAAAUAUGAACACGUAUUAAAAAACAAGAAUGUGGCAGUAUUUAUGGGCUCACAUUAUCUACCAUCUGGUAAGAUGGUUUCCUAGAAAUAACAGGCUUAAAAUAUUUCUUUUGGUGAUGAUAUUAUCUGUGGCAUUCCUGGUUCCUCAACUACUGGUUUUAUACCUUGAUCAUUCUAAAAGAUGGUGUGGGCAACCUUUGUUUGAAUUCCUCAUCGUCUCCAUUAUAUUGACUUUAAUUAUGAUUGGAUUUACCUUUCUGUUUAUGGUAAUGGUACCUGUACCAGGAUUAGUGAAGAUUAUAUUUCAUGUAUUUGGUGUGUUGGGUUUAAUCACUGGUCUUUCUUAUAUUAUUCUAACAUCUAAAGCUACAGAUUGUAAAAACACCACUGAAGCUCUAUACACAUUGUCUGUGAUAUUAGCAUCUAUUACUGGGAUUAGUAUAGGUUUUUAUGUGCUCAUGCUUCCUUUUUGGUUGAUCAAUACAUUUUGGCCGAAAUCGGUUCUAGAUCCUCCAGCUAGGACAGGAAUUUGCUACGAACCUGUAAAAUGCUGUUCAUGUCUUUGGCACAUUUGAAAGUCGGUCAAUCAAAACCUUGUUCUUUUUAUAUUUUUGGAUUCUGCUUUAAAAAGUGCAAUGUUUACAGGAUGUCUGGUACAACCUCAACAAGUCAUUUCUUCUGUCAUCUAAAUACAAAUUAUGUUCCACAUUUUUUGAUGACAAAAUGUUAAAACUUCCCAAGAUUGCUCUGCUUCAAACAAAAUUACAAAUCAGUAAAAGCAAAAGCAGAAAUCUGUAAAUGCCUAUAAAUAAUCAAAACUUGAAUAAUUGAAUAAUAAACAAUUAAUUUAACUCAGGAUUUUUUAAAAUAAUUUUAUUAUAAUUGUAAUAUAAUAUGUGUGUAUUUAUUUUAAUAUAUAUAUUACAAUACCA